AUGCGCCGUGUGACUGCCUUCGGGGCUCUAAACCGAGCUUCUAAGCACAACGGGACGCGUAUGUCCGGUAGCGCGUUCGGUGAGCGCCCUAUACCAUAGGGUAUCUAUUUUUGCCUGUUAACUUCAAAAAUCUCCAAUACCCUGGCCGAUUUCCCAUUCAAGUUGCACGUACUUAAAGGUGGAGGCUUUCAUUCUGUGGAGAUUGCAGUAAAUAGACGGCAGACGUGAUUUUUACCUUUUUUACACAGUGAAGCAGGACCUCUUUCAGGCGGUCGGAUACACUUCCUCCUCCUCCUCCUAUCCUCACAAAGAAUGACGAAACACAGUCACCCGAUCGUAAAAGCUACUUCUAACUCGGGCAAAUUCGUCUAAAUAAUGCCUUGCAGACGAACUCUCCCCUUUUCAGGUUCUCGCACAACUACUUGGGGAGUUGCCUGAAAGGGAAUGCUGGCUUGGAACUAAGCCAUAAUAUAUACAACACUAUUUUUUCAAACGUGAAUACAGUCGAAGAAAUUGUACCUAUGGUGUUGAUUUUGUCUUUUGGCUUUACCAGCCUCGGCUCGCUCUCUGCAGCCGAUCAAAACCUGUUGGUGUUAAAUCAGUCAGUGUUGAGUGAUUUUCCUUAUCUGAGAAGUGCUAUUAUCAUCGUAAAUAGAGUUCAACUGGUUGGGAGAUCAUGCAAACACGCUCGCCGAGCUGCGCCUACGGCGUCGUAGGAGCUCGAUUACCAGAAGAGGCGUAAACGCGCUAGUCCUCGAGAGACUUCGAGAAGCAUUGAACAACCUUCAACCAUCCAGUGACGUGCGAGUACAACUACUUCCUCUCAUUGGCAAGCCGGGUAAGAACCCCGCGUUAUUUUUGAAGGAAUCAGUUAAUGAUGUCCACUGGAUGCUUUAAAUGUUCAAGGAUAUCAAAUUUUCAACAUAAGCACUGGUUUUGGUGUAUAAAGGAUUUAUUUGUUCUGCAAGUCAGACAUGCUUUUUACGAAGUAUCAGUCAUUAUUCCGUUACAACACCUAAGAACAGACCCAAACCGAGGACGUUUUAAAUCGAAAUUUUCAAAAUCCAUUAAAUGCGUGUUAUUUUCCGCUUUUUUAAAGGCAUUUUUAGAUGUGCCAACUGCUACCGCACUUUCAGUCAGAAGGUGGCUUUGCAACAUAUUGAGUUCUGUGGAAGAAAGGCCUCGGAGAAUGGGGGAAUUAGCCCGAAUCCCCUCGGCAGACCUGUCGAAGUGUUAUCUUUUGGGCCGUUCUUUAAAGCUAAGGAGGUGAGCGUUUUCUGGUUACUGCAAUCGCCCGUUUGCUAACAACAUCAGCAAUAUCUACGACUACUGAUGCAUUCCUUUUUUGUUCUAACCGAUAUAUGCAGAAUAGGGUUAGUAGGGGUAUGCGAGUUUAAUGUUCCAGCGAUACAUUCAUUGGACUCCGGGAAUUGUUUUACAUUUAAUGAGGCUUCGAUAGACAUAGAGUCAUUUCCUGUGAAAUAGGGUAACCCAUGGUUCUCUGGUCUAGUCGAAAACUAAAAAUGUGGAGUAAAUACUGUGCUAGACUGAAUUCCUAAACCAUGAGUUACAGCAGUAAUGAUCUCCGUCUGUGAUUCGCCUCCUUCAUCCAGUUUGCGUAGAUCUCGGUCCUUUUUCCAUCAAAUUAAACUUUUCUUAACUUGUGUACUUGCUAUUCUUGUCUUCAACCUCUCAGUAUGCCAGAGCCGUGUCAUUCGCAGGAGCCAAGAAAGCACCUACCUCAAGGAGGUACAGUCACUACGAUGGUUAUCCGCAGCACUUUACGUAA